GCAGUGAUUUCAAUUUUGUUGUGACAACAUAUUAACAUCCUAUUAAUUUUAGUACGAAAAAUAAUAUAUAACUCUGCUCUAAGAAAACAAAAUUUCAGUAGUAGUUUGAAUCGUUUGAAUAACGCAGUGAUCAUGGCAAAGUAUCUAAUCGUAGCAAUUUUGGCAGUCAGUGUAGUUGCAGCAUGGUCUAGUCCAUCUAUAGGAGGACAAGAUGGAUAUGGUGGCCAAGGAGGACACCAAGGCGGACAUGGUGGUGGUCAAGGAGGACACCAAGGUGGAUUUGGUAGUGACCAAGGAGGGCAUCAGGGUGGAUUUGGUGGAAGUCAAGGUGGACAAGGAGGUUUCGGAGGUGGCCAGGGAGGACAUCGGGGUGGAUUCGGUGGUAGCAGCGGACAAGGCGGAUUUGGAGGACAUCAAGGUGGUGGCUUAGGAGGUGGUCAAGGCGGAUUCGGUGCUGGACAAGGAGGAUUCGGAGGUGGCCAAGGAGGACAACAUGGAGGAGGUGGAAGUCAUCAAGGUGGAUAUCAAACACAUGGAUAUUAGGUAAAUGUACAAAAAUAAUGAAAAUAUAAUUAUGUACAUUAUGAUUUUCAAAUAAAAAUAAACGUCCUAUUUUUUAAUUA